UGCCUCGCCCAUGCGCUGUCGACAGAGAGCGAGGAGAUCAUGGGGCUCCUGCUGGGAGACCUCGACAACGACGAGCUCAUGGCUCGCGUCUGGUCGGUCUCACUACAGAGGAGGGAGCAGGCGGCACGGUCGGAUGAUCGCGUUGAGAUCAGCCCCGAGCAGCUGGCUGCCGCGACUGAGGAGGCCGAGCGGUUGGGGGAGCACCUCGGGAGGCCAACUCGAGUUGUCGGAUGGUAUCACUCCCAUCCUCACCUCGCCGUCGUCCCCUCGCACGUGGACGUCUCCACGCAGGCCAUGUACCAGCAGAUGGACACGGGCUUCAUCGGGCUCAUCUUCUCAGUCUUCAACAGCGGGCGA